UUCUUGAGAUUCUACUCGUAAAAGAAGUCAUUAUUUUUGUAAUACUACUGUUUUUUUUUUUAAUUUGAAUUUUAAACUUAUUCAUUUAACUUCAGAAAAUAUUGGAUGUUCGAUUGUUACAACAAUUUACAAAUAACAGUUUUGAUACAUUGAUUUUGUUUCAAAAUGUCAUCUAAGAUUAAAAUUGGCCAGGGAGCUAUGGUUUGUAAAGAAAUUAAAGUAAAGGGUCAAGUAAGUUUUGGAGCGUCUACAAUAAUUCAUCCUGGUGUAACUUUAAUUGCCGAAGCUGGGCCUAUUGAAAUAGGAGAAAAUAAUAUUAUUGAAGAAUAUGUCAAUAUUAUUCACAAAUUUUUACCUGGAGAAGAACAGUCUGAGCCAGUGACACUAAAAAUUGGUUCUAAUAAUGUAUUUGAAGUAUAUUCAACCAUUGAUGGUGUCAAGUGUAUUGGAGACAAUAAUAUAUUUGAAUCAAAAAGUUAUGUCGGUCGAAAUUUAACAAUAGGCAAUGAUUGUAUUAUUGGAGCAGGUUGUCACUUGACAUCUACCGCGCCUAUUGAAGAUGGUACUUGUAUAUAUGGUAAAAAUUGCACUAGACAAAAAGCUUUUUGUAAACCAUCAGUUCCUGGAGGUCAUCGCGAAUUUCUAAUUAAAUUAUUGCCAAGUUACCAUUUAUUAAGAAAAAAUAAAAACCCCAUUGAAGGAAAUUAA